AUGAGUCAGGAAGCGUUGUUUCGUGACUUGCAGCUCAUCCAGCGUCUCAAUCAUAUGACGCCACUGUGGAUUUUAGAAGACCCCAGCACCUUCACGUACGCGGGGUUUGUGCCUAUCAAGACUGCGUCGCGGGAGAAUCGCGCUUGCUUCUUGCGCGUACAGUGUCCAAAAGGACCCGCCGACCUGUGUGACGCCUCAUAUGCGCUUGAAAGUUGGGCAGAAAACCUCAUUUCAUAUUAUGGCCUCGAUGGCGCCCUGCGAAAGCGGUUAGAGCGAGCGCACGACCUAGCAGAGUUCGUUGCUGAGGUCCAGGACCUGCUCGAGCGCUGCGCAGAUGGGCGUGCAGCGGUUCCACGAACGCCGGUACCACCACCGGCACCUACAGUGGCAGGUAGCACGUUGUUGGCGACGCUACCGGACCCUUUUUUCUACCGGAGACUGUGUACGGAUCUGAAGCAUAUCGGAUGGUCUUGCCUGCGGCAUCUGGCGAUGGAUUUUGAGUCUGUCACAUUGCAGGCUAUAGACACGGGCGGGCGCCUCCACGAGCUCCAGAUCCUCGACCUCAUGCGCGAGCAACCAACUUGCAUAGCAGCGCUGCCAUGGCGUCCAACGGCAAUUUGCAGACCUGCAUCCGAAGACGGACGCUUAUUUAUCUCGAUCUAUGAGACCUAUCGUCGAUUCCGCAGUAUGCUCGAUGAACUUGAGCCUUACUUCCGCGUACUGGAUGACUUUGAUGCGCACACCUGGGUUCUCGAGCCGGAGCAUCCAACGUAUGCGGUGUCGUCAAGGCGUCUGAACCUGGCGCCACAAUGCUCACUAGUCGUGGAAAUCGACCCAGCAGAUCCAUGCCGCCUCCCGAAUGUUCGUUUCUUUGGUAGCGAACAGCGGAUCGAGGCCAUGCGGAAUCGUUUCUUUGAGCGCCGAGCACUCUGGGACUCGUCCGCGCGGACUCCGCGAGAGAACCUACAAGUCGUGCUCAUGAUGGCCUUGCCGCCGCGUCCAGCGGAUAUGAUGCAGAACGCAAAAGACAACGAGUGCGGUAUUUGCUAUACGUAUGAGCUGGAGGGUGAGGGCAUCCCCGAUUGGGCGUGCGAUGCGGCAUCAUGCGGGCGACCGUAUCACCGCAGCUGCCUGCGCACCUGGCUUGCAAGUAUUCCGGAGACACGGCAGCUGUUCCAAAUGUAUCAUGGCUCUUGUCCGUACUGUGGCGAACCGAUUCAGGUGAGCAAGAUCUGA